CAAACUCCCACGUGUUUCACGAGCGGUUUGUUGCUGUUUAGCCAGCUAGCUGAAAGCUAACUGAUUCUGUUAUUUUUGUCAUCCUUUAUAUUUGAGUAAGAUGAGUCCUCUGUGUGACUGCUGCGGCGAGCACGUUAAUAAACUGAAUCAGCAGAUUUCCGUGAUGAGAAAGGAAAUCAAGAACUUGAGGCAGAUGUUGGACAGUGCGGUUCGAGGUCAUCACAAACACAUGAUAUCCAUUCAGUCUGCUGUGUCAAAGAUUGGACUCUGUGAACCUGAUAAAGACCAGACACCACCACCGUCUGCACCAGCAGCAUCCCCACAGGCUGCACUAGAGCAAGGAAACAUCCAGACAGUCCCGAUUGGUUACAUCACUUCCUGUUUCUCUGUGAAGAAUGGGACACCCAGACAGCCCACCAUUUGUGGCCCCUCAAGGGCCGAACUGCGCAUCCAGCAGAGUGUCUUCAAUAACCCUGAGCAUGCUCUGGUGGGUCUGGAGCAAUACUCCCAUGUCUGGAUCAUCUUUCUCUUUCACAAAAAUGGGCACUUGAGUUACAAAGCCAAAGUGAAGCCUCCUCGACUCAACGGUCAGAGAGUUGGUGUGUACUCGACACGCAGUCCCCACCGACCAAAUGCCUUGGGCCUAACUCUAGCUAGACUUGAUAAAAUAGUAGGGGAUACAAUACAUCUUUCAAACAUUGACAUGAUUGCUGGAACCCCAGUGCUGGACAUCAAACCCUACAUCUCAGAGUACGACAACCCCGACUCCAGGAUGAGCUCAGAUGAGACAACAGAUAUAUUAAACCUCCAAAAAGACUGUGAUGAUCAGUCAGGCCUAAAAAUGGAAAGAAGUGAUGAUGAUGAUGAUGACGUUUGUAGUUUCCUCUCAACAGACAAAUCUGAAGCUGAUAUUUUAGUCACAGAUUCCUCUCAGUCAGUCAGUGCUCAGUUUUCGCUUCACAAAGAUCUAAACGACGUGCUGGAGGAGGUCGAGGCCUAUGUGACCCAAAGGGACCUUUGCCAGCUGAGUUGUGCAAGAGAGGAUGAAGUUUCAGACUCUCCCAAAACCAAACCACCAGAUGCCACUGUGGACCACCCUUGCUAUGGAGAGGAGGCCUACAGUACCAUUGCUGGCUGGAUCAGAGAGCCUCCUGUUAGCAGUUUGGAGGUGCGCUUCACUCCUCAGGCUGAGAGGGAGUUAGCAGACUUCCUUCCCACACACCUGUCAGGUAAACCGAACUUCCAGGGCCCUCUGAAAGUGACAGACCCAGGUUCAAGUUCCUUCGCAGUCCAGAGGAAGCUGCUGCCGCUAUCAGAGGGGUGCUGUCAGCAGACCCACGGUCAGUCUACAGGAGGACACGCUGCCGAGACAGACUCUUCUUCUUCACCCUGGACACGGCUGACAUCACCUGCUGGUUUGGACAAGGCUUCGCUGAGGUACUGCAGGUCCGACCUGUGGAGCAACACAUUGCUUCAAUGUGAGAACCCCUUUCAGGGAAGCUUCACAGCUGGAAAGACUCCGUUUUCAUGUUUGUUGAGGAACAAAAACAGAGCCUGUCAAAUGGGCCUCAUCUCAACAUUUCCAGGUACUUUCUAUACUGACAAAUGUUUAGACCUUCUAAAAUCAGACACAUGAAAGCCAAGGUACAUUCAAUUUAAUAUAAGUAGAUCAAAUAAAAGAUUUUUGAAACGUAUGUUUUUCUUUUUUUUGUUGUACUCGUUUAUGUUUCUGACAAGAAGCCCCAAUGGUGAUGAAAUGGUUGUACGUGUUCAGUACAAGUGAUCUAGAAAUACGAGUGAUUGUGCAAAUGUAUUAAAUUAUCAAAUGUAGUAAAUUAUUGAGUUCUUCUCAUGAACUAUUAAAAGGUUUGCCCACUUCUCUCAUCCAUCUUCAUGAUAUUUUGUGCACGUUUACCUUUGGUCAAGACUUGUUCUGCACUGGUGUAAAAGUUUAUUUGAUGUACAAUUUUUAUUUUCAUGUGUUUUUCAUAUCUGGCCUUCUACCCAACAUAAUGAUCAAGAAUAAGUGGAUAAUUAACCAGUGGUUAAUACUGGUAUAACUGCCUAGAGACCAACAGUGACAGUAAAUCCCUUUCCAGUUAUGGCUUAGAGUGGUGUGUUUUUGAGUCAGAGAGAGGAAGAGAGUGGUGGUGAAAGGACAAAGGAAAUAUUUAUGAUUAAUCUGUUAGAUGCAUGGAUUUACAUCUUCAAAAAAA